AUGCAUUCCUGGGCACGUUCUCCUUCCCGCCGCAGUGCCGUCAUCACCGCCUCUUGGAUAGCUCUGGGAUGGGAAGAGGAGUACACGGUACGUGUCCAGCUUCAGGACCGGGUGACUGAGCUGCAGGAGGAAGCCCAGGAGGCUGAAGCCUGCCAGGAGGAGCUGGCCAUGAAGGUGGAGCAGCUCAAGGCAGAGCUUGUUGUCUUCAAGGGACUGAUGAGCAAUAACAUCACAGAGCUGGACACCAAGAUCCAGGAGAAGGCCAUGAAGGUAGACAUGGACAUCUGCCGGCGCAUCGACAUCACUGCCAAGCUGUGCGAUGUGGCACAGCAGCGGAACUGCGAGGACAUGAUCAAGAUGUUUCAGAAGCAACUGGUCCCAGCCUCGGUGGGGCGGAAGCGGGAGCGCAAGCAGGUCAGCGAUGAAGACACCUCGUUGUCGGAGAGUGAUGCCUCCCGAAAACCUGAAGAGGAAGAGGAGGACGAGACCACAGCCAUGAGUAUCAAUGAGGAAAUGCAGAGGAUGCUGAACCAGCUGAGGGAAUAUGACUUUGAGGAUGACUGUGACAGCCUCACGUGGGAGGAGACAGAAGAAACGUUGCUUCUCUGGGAGGACUUCUCUGGAUACGCCAUUGCAGCUGCAGAGGUGCAGGGGGAGCAGGACGACAGCCUGGAGAAGGUGAUCAAGGACACAGAAUCGCUGUUCAAGAGCCGUGAGAAGGAGUACCAGGAAACCAUUGACCAAAUAGAGCUGGAGCUGGCCACGGCCAAGAACGACAUGAAUCGGCACCUGCAUGAGUACAUGGAAAUGUGCAGCAUGAAGCGAGGCUUGGACGUACAGAUGGAGACUUGCCGACGGCUCAUCACUCAGUCUGGGGACAGAAAGUCUUCUGCCUUCACCCCAUCCUCCAACAGUGAGUCGGCCCCGAAUGAGGAGAGUGAGGAGUCUGACCGUGACCCCCCCAGCGAUGCUUCCAUCAGAUAAUGAGGGGAGGCCCUGCUCCUUCGGACCCCCUUCCUGGCACGGGGGUGCCUGAGCUGCGCCUGAGAGAGACUUUCAGGGAUGUGGAGCUGCUGGUAAACAUCUGUUGCCCAGGCUCACUCCUGUUUUGGGGUGCUUGGCAGAUCCCACACACCCCCGCCACUGGAUAUCUUGCAAAUGGGAAUAGUUAGAUAGACCUGAGCGCCCUCACCUGGGCUGCUCAGCCUCCAGCCUCUUCUCUAUUCCCUUCCCCUGCUUUGGUUAAAUCACGGUUUGGGCAGGGAGGCUCCAAACCUGCCACAGCAGCAUUUUCCAAGACCUGUCCCCUGGACCCCUCAGACCCACCUCGUCCGUCCUCCGUCCUGGUACGCUUGACAAGCCCCCUGCCCUCCCUGCACCACACGGAGCUGAACGAGAGCCAUACCUCCCUGCAAACUGGACCUGACACUGGUGCCAACUGGACUGAGCCCGGGGCGCUCUCUGUCCUUGCUGCUGGCCGGGUGCCCGGCUGGUCCCCGUGCCACGCCAGGCACCCCUGCCUCCUCUGGGGAGGGGGCCAAGUCUUGCUCACCGGGCACUUUGCUUUGCUGCACGUCAGCGGUGCACUUGCGUCUGUGUUACGGGGGCGAGGGGUCAUUAAAUGGGACAGUUUCCUUUUCUA